AUGGCCAACCCGCUCAACAGCCCCGCCCUCGCCCCGGCCCGCAACUUCCUCUCCUUCGUUGACGCGAGCCCAACUCCGUUCCACGCGGUCGCAAACUGCGUCGCCAAGCUCGAAAAGGCCGGCUUCUCGAGGCUGCACGAGCGCGACUCGUGGGCCGACAAGAUCAAGCCGGGCUCCAAGCUCUUCGUCACCCGCAACCAGUCGUCCAUCAUCGCCUUUACCGUCCCCGCCGACGCCGGCACCAAGCCGCUCGGCAUCUCGGUCGCAGGGUGCCACACCGACAGCCCACGCUUCAUCCUCAAACCUGUCAGCAAGCGCGAGAAGGUCGGCUUCACCCAGGUCGGCGUCGAGACGUACGGCGGCGGCUUGUGGGCCACCUGGAUGGACCGCGACUUGGGCCUCGCAGGACGAGUCACCCUGUCGGGCGCAAAGGGCGCGAGCGCCGACACGUACACGUCGCACCUCGUCCUCGUGCGCGAGCCCAUCCUGCGCAUGCCGACCAUCGCCAUCCACCUCGAGCGCACCCAGAACGACAAGUUCUUUUACAACCCCGAGACGCAGCAAGUCCCGAUCCUUGCCCUCGCGAGCAAAGAGCUCAACAAGACGCUCCUCGGCGACAACGGCGGCUCGGCCACGGCCGGCGAGGUCUCGUUCGCCGACCCGCUCGACAUCACGAGCCACCACAGCCCGGUCCUCCUGCAUACGGUCGCGCGUCAGCUCAGCGCUGAGCUCGGCGAGGAGGUGACGCCGGCGCAGAUCCACGACUUUGAGCUCAGCCUGUUCGACGUUCAGCCUGCGACCAUCGGCGGCGCUCUUAACGAGUUCAUCUUCUCGGCCCGGCUCGACAACCUAUUCUCGUCGUUCGCCGCCACCGAGGCCCUCAUCGCCGCGUCCGAGUCGACCUCGACGCCCUCGGACGGCCGCGUCGCCAUGAUGGCCCUGUUCGACAACGAGGAGGUCGGCUCCGUCUCAGCGUACGGCGCCGAGAGCAACUUUAUCGAGAGCGUCAUCGAGCGCGUCGCGGUCGCGCUCAAGGGAGACGGCGAGACCGAGGCCGAGGCGUACCAGCGCACGCUCGCCAAGUCGUUCCUGCUCUCGACGGACGUCGCGCACUCGGUCCACCCAGGGUUCGUCGAGAAGCACGAGGAGAACCACCGGCCGUUGAUCAACUCGGGCAUCGUCAUCAAGACCAACUCGAAGCAGCGCUACGCGACGACGUCCAACACGGUCUUCCCCCUGCGGCGCGUCGCCGCCGAGGCCGGCGUCCCGCUCACCGAGUUUGUCGUCCGCAACGACUGCGCGUGCGGCUCGACGAUCGGCCCCCUCGUGUCCAAGAUCGGCCUGCGCACCGUCGACAUCGGGGCGCCGAUCCUCUCGAUGCACAGCAUCCGCGAGAUGGGCGGCGUAAAGGACAUGGCCCAGCUAGUCGCCCUCUUCCGCCAGUUCUUCCUCUCGUUCGGCAGGGCCGACACGGUCGUCACCGACUGAGCCAGGGCACGAGCGCAAUAGACCUUUGUCGUACAUUCUC